UUUGCUAGAAGAUGUUGUUUUACUAAAACUAGUUUUACUGGUCGCUGUUUCUACCCUUUUUUAGUUCACAAUUGUACCGUUAUUCAUGUUGUCAAUCCAGUCAGUUAUAUUCCGAGAACCAAAGGUCACGGUUACCCACGGAAUUAAUAGUGAUUAGUGAACCAAUAUGUUAUGUAAUUAUGUUUUACUUCUUGUUUUGUGCGCUAAUUUUGUGUUUAGCGAUGUUAUACCGGCACCAAAGUUGAAACUCCGUGAUGGAAGAGAGAUACCUAGCUUGGCACUUGGAACUUGGCUCGGCAACAACACCCAGGGUCGCAUUGAGCCUCACUCCACCGAAGUAGAGGAUGCAGUCUCCGCCGCCAUAGACCUCGGCUACAGACACAUAGACACGGCGUACGCUUACAAGGUGGAAGACCAGGUCGGGAGGGCCGUUAAUAAGAAGAUAGCGGCGGGGGUGAAGAGGGAGGAGCUGUUUAUUACUACUAAGCUCUGGAACGACCGCCAUGCCCGGGAGGCAGUGGUGCCGGCGCUCAGGGAGUCUUUAGACCAGCUCAAGCUUGACUACGUCGACUUGUACCUGAUACACUGGCCCGUGGGACAGUUUGGUAAUCAGAGCUACGACUACACAGAUUACGUCGACACUUGGCGUGGAAUGCUGGAAGCCAAGGCGCUCGGGCUGGCGCGUUCAGUCGGCGUGUCCAACUUCAACCAGCAGCAGAUAGACCGCCUCGCGGCAGCCGGCCUGGAGCUGCCGGCGGUGCUGCAAGUCGAGAUCAACCUGAACCUCCAGCAGCCGUCCCUCCUAGCCUACUGCCGCGACCACCACAUCGUAGUGAUGGGCUACACGCCCUUCGGCUCUCUGUUCCCGUCCAAGGCGAGGGAGGACGCGCCCCCACCCCGGGUCGAUGACCCCGCCCUGGUGGGGAUGGGGGAGAAGUAUAAUAAGACGGUUACGCAGAUCAUAGUGCGGUAUUUGUUGGACCUCGGUAUCAUACCAAUCCCAAAGGCGCUGAAGCCGGCCCACAUCGCUCAAAACUUUGCGGUCUUCGACUUCAGUCUCUCGCAGGAAGACAGAGACUGGUUGAAGACCUACGACAAGGGUUAUAGGACCAUACCGCAGCUGAAAUGGCUCGACCACCCAUACUAUCCGUUUGAAAAAUCGUAAACGGUAGGUACCUACUUAGGUAAGUAGUAGGUAGUUAGGUAC